AGAAAAUGUUUGAAAGGUGUAGGAAGUCGAGGGUCGGCGGGGCGGCACCAGUCAGAUCACAACAAACAUGACUGCGGAGCGGGACCAAUGUCUCUCAGACUACCGUCGGAGGCUGAUAGAACACCGUGAGGUGGACUCCAAGUUGAGGAAAUUGAGGGAGGAGAAGAAGGAGCUGGACAAGCAGUAUGAUAAGAGUGAAAAUGACCUGAAGGCCCUGCAGAGUGUGGGCCAGAUUGUUGGUGAAGUUCUCAAGCAGCUCACUGAAGAAAAGUUCAUUGUGAAAGCUACAAAUGGACCUCGCUAUGUUGUGGGCUGCAGACGCCAGCUUGACAAGGGCAAACUUAAGUCUGGUACCCGGGUGGCACUGGACAUGACGACUCUGACGAUCAUGAGAUACCUGCCACGUGAAGUUGACCCUCUUGUGUACAACAUGAGCCACGAAGAUCCUGGUGAUGUCACUUACAACAAAAUUGGUGGUUUGGCUGAACAGAUCCGAGAGCUUCGAGAGGUGAUUGAGCUGCCUCUGCUUAACCCAGAACUCUUCCAUAGAGUGGGAAUCAACCCACCAAAGGGAUGCCUGCUGUAUGGACCUCCAGGUACAGGAAAGACGCUCCUAGCUCGUGCUGUUGCCUCUCAGCUUGACUGUAACUUCUUAAAGGUUGUAUCAAGUGCAAUUGUUGAUAAAUACAUAGGUGAAUCAGCUCGACUUAUUCGUGAGAUGUUCAAUUACGCCCGAGACCACCAGCCGUGCAUUAUUUUCAUGGAUGAGAUCGAUGCUAUUGGUGGAAGAAGAUUUUCUGAGGGAACAUCAGCUGACAGAGAGAUUCAACGUACACUCAUGGAGUUACUUAAUCAAAUGGAUGGGUUUGAUUCCUUGGGUCAGGUGAAAAUGAUCAUGGCCACCAAUCGUCCAGACACACUGGAUCCUGCUCUGCUGCGUCCUGGACGUCUUGAUAGAAAGAUUGAGAUUGCACUUCCUAAUGAACAAGCUAGAUUGGAAAUUCUCAAAAUUCACUCUGGACCAAUCACAAAGCGAGGAGAAAUUGAUUAUGAAGCAGUGGUGAAACUCUCGGAUGGUUUUAAUGGUGCUGACCUUCGUAAUGUGUGUACUGAGGCAGGUCUCUUUGCCAUCCGGAACGAGCGAGAUUAUGUCAUUGAGGAAGAUUUCAUGAAAGCUGUGCGUAAAGUUUCAGACAAUAAGAAAUUAGAAACUAAACUAGAUUACAAACCUCUUUAAAUAAACUUUUGGUGUUUAAAAAUUAAAUUUUCAUUUUGGAAUGGUAGUUUGGCACUAUAAUUGUGGUUUUUAUCGGUGAUUAAAGAUUAUAUUUCAAAAAUUGAAUAUAUUGCCAGGUAUCUUCACCUCUGAUUUUUUAAUAAAGGGAGACCACUUAAUGUAAGCAGUUUGCUCCAUAUUUAAUAUAGGGUGCACUUGUUCAUUCUUCAAAGCUACAGUUGCUACCCAACAUUGUUUUUCUUUAUAAAAAGUAUGUUCAAGACUUUAAAGGUAAUAAUGCCUAUAAAUAAAAUAACUUUUGUAAAA